AAGGAAUAUUAGCAUUGUUCAUUAAAAAAAUCUGAAAAGGUGAGAUAACCAUUAAUUCGUUUAUGAACUUGGUGAAAUAGUUAGGGAUUUAGGGAAAAAAACCUAACCGGAGUGAUUCGAGUCCUUUUCCGGCCACUGAAGUCACCGCCUCAUACGAAGGAGCUUACCGGCUCACUUCACCGGCACAACCCUCGGAAUGGCUAUGCAACCGUUCGAUCCGUAUUACAUGUACCAGCCAGAUGAACGGAGCAACAUCAACACGCUCUUCGUCUCCGGGCUCCCAGACGACGUGAAGGCGCGUGAGAUUCACAACCUCUUCCGCCGACGCCCUGGAUUUGACUCUUGCCAACUCAAGUAUACCGGCCGUGCUAACCAGGUUGUUGCAUUUGCUACGUUUUUCAAUAAUCAAGCAGCUAUGGCAGCGUUGCACGACCUAAAUGGUGUGAAAUUUGAUCCUCAAUCUGGGUCCGUCUUACAUAUUGAACUUGCCAGGUCAAACUCUAGGAGGAAGCGAAAAAUAGGUGGUGGAGCCUAUGUGGUUAUAGAUAAAAGGUCAAAAGGGGAAGCCAAUGUUCAGGGAGCCUCAAGUGAUGAUGGUGAAAGUGAUGCUGAUGAACCAUCAGAAAAUGGAAGCAACCAUGGUGAUAUAGCAACUACCCAAAGUGGCGAUGCUGUGGUUGGUUCUGACAAUCGUGUACCUGGAGCAAGGGAGCAACAUGGAAAGGGUGGUGGUGAUGUAGGACCAUGUUCCACUCUUUUUAUUGCAAAUCUUGGUCCAAACUGCACUGAGGAUGAAUUAAAGCAAGCUUUUUCUGUGCAUGCUGGAUUCAACUUGGUCAAAAUGCGUUCAAGAGGAGGAAUGCCUGUAGCAUUUGCUGAUUUUGAGGAAGUUGAUCAAGCUGUUAAGGUCAUGGAAGAGCUUCAGGGAACCACGCUUCCAUCAUCAGAUCGGGGUGGCAUGCAUAUAGAAUAUGCACGGUCUAGAAUGAGGAAGAAGCGGUAGAAGAUAUAUUGGAGAUAGACCAUUUAUGGAUGAUUUGGGUUCCAUAAAAAGGAAUCAUUGUGUUCCCUCUGGAAUAGUUUCAAAAAAGAGAGGUUGGUAAGAUGUCCCAUUUGCAAUUUACAAAACGAGUGCAACAAACAGUUACGUCUUAACCAUGUAAUCUGUUGGAAUGAGUUGAGGAGAAUUUUUCUUGCCAUUUGGGAGGAAAGGUUGCAAAACUUGAACCCGACCCUGUACCGAAACAAUUUUUAAUAAAGUUUUCAUCUUAUUAACA